AUGCGAAACAGCGUUGAAGGGACAUGCAGGCUGCGUGGAGGGUUUGAUAACCCCAACCCGAUCUAUCAUCAUGGAACGACAGACGACGAGUCGGAAAAGGAACAGAACGCAGACGCCCUUGAUGAAAAGAAGAUCCUUGAAUCAGUGCUCAAGCACGUACGGCCCAAACCGGCACCACCGCCUGAGAAGCCGAAAGAGAAAACUGAAGAGGAAGAACAACAAGAAGAGUUUGAAAGGUCCAUCCUCGCAAAGAUACUUGAACCUGGGGCCCUCUCCCGAUUGGACAACGUCAGGUACUCAAAUCCUCAGCUCGCCAAGUCCAUCCAGAACAAGCUCUUGUCGAUGGCUAGGGAAGGAAGAAUCCUUGACAAGGUCUCGGAGGACACGAUAGUGUCGCAGCUCAAGACUGAAAGCAAGAGGGUACACAAGAAGUCUCAGUUCAUCUACAAACGCAAGAAGACCCUGCUCGACAACGUAGGCAUCACCCCAGAGGAAGCAGAGAGAGUCGGAGUCAACGUCUCAGAUUGGAAUAUCGAGAUGACGGACUCAGUCUCUUCGAGCCAGCUGCCACUGGAUCUCGACGACGAUGAGGAGCCAGCCGACGGAGGGAUGGAAGACCUUCCUCUUGAUGCGUCAAAUGACGAAUGA